GCGGCGGGGAGCGGCGGCAGCAGCGGCAGCGCGGGGCCCGCGGGCGGCAGGAGCACCGGCCCCUCCGGCACCGGCCCCACCGUACCGCAUCGCAUGCCCGGGCGGGCGCCGGCGUCGCCGUCCAUGCGGGGCGGCGGGGCGCGGGCGGCGGCAUGAGCCAGAGCGAGGUGUCGGCGGUCGCGCCGCCGAGCCAGCGAGUCUUCCAGGAGGCGGUGCGGCGCGGCAACACCAAGGAGCUGCAGUCGCUGCUGCAGAACAUGACGAACUGCGAGUUCAACGUCAACUCCUUCGGGCCCGAGGGGCAGACGGCGCUGCACCAGUCCGUCAUCGACGGCAACCUCGAGCUGGUGAAGCUCCUGGUGAAGUUCGGCGCCGACAUCCGCCUGGCCAACCGCGACGGCUGGAGCGCGCUGCAUAUCGCGGCCUUCGGGGGCCAUCAGGACAUCGUCCUCUACCUGAUCACCAAGGCCAAAUACUCCGCCGGCGCCCGGUGAUGCCGGGGCCGCCCCCGCGGCCGCCAAAGCUGCUCCCGCCCCCGCGCGGGGUUUAUUUGGCGAAGAUCUGGGGCCCCACGCAAAACACGCUGCCGUUCGCCUGCUCUUCUCGUCGGUUUUUUGUUUGAUUUCCUUCCAAGGGUUGUUCUCCUACUGUAACGUGGGGUUUUUUUGUUGUUUUGGUUUGUUUUUUCCUCCAUCUACCUCGGCCGCACUCACAGUAUUCACGGUUUCAGUCUGACAUCUGGGCAGAUGCUUCCCAGCCCCCUGCCCCCUCCCUGCUCGUAUUUAAUCCUCACCCCGAUCCCCUCCAUCCCACCUCAAGUAUUCUGCCUCAGAAACGAAUUCAUUUCAACGCUCCCCGAAAAACCCCUCUGUGACUGAGCAGUCCCGGUGUGUCCCCUCCCCUCUCCCCCCCCGAGUGACCCAUGACGAUGGGCCGGGGGCUCCCGGCAAGGAAGAGCAGGAAAGCCUUCCUCCUCUUGCAAGCUUCUCCCACCGCCGAGUUUUGGUUCUUCCGAGGCGACUCCGUUGGAAUAUGACAGGUUUUCUCACCCCAAUCGCUCUUUGUGUGUGUGUGUGUGUUUUCUUUGGCGUUGGGUUUUCUCUUUGGGUUCAUCCUUUUUUGGGGGGUAGGGGGGGAGGGUGUCUGAAGAACGUCUGUUUCCUCACCCGCUCCUCCAACCCGUUCAGCACGCGUGAGAUUCCCAGGAAAAGACAUUGAAUCCUUCUGGCUUGGUCUGUAAAGGGGGAUUAGCAAAUCCUGGACAAAAACAAAACGUGAAAGAAACUCUUAAGAGGCAGAGGAUUUGCUUUUGCACAGCGAAGGAGCACGAGCGCACUCUGCUGCUGAGAGAGACGCCGGAAAACUACUGAGAACAGUUUGGGAACUUUUGUUUUUAUCCUUUGGUGAAACUUGGAUAACACUUCUCAAUGCCCAACGAUUCACUUGACGUACGUACAUUCACCCGCCUUUAUUUUAUAUAUAUAUAUGCUGAGAUAUAUAUAUUUAUAAAAGAGAGGGAGGAAAGAAGAGCGAACCAGCCCGAGGGUGUGUUGUGAAGUGACUGCACAUAGGAUCGCAAAAUGCUGCUGCUUUUAAUCGCUAUGGCACAAGAACAUCCGUUGGGGAAAGACGUGGAACGUGUCUGAAGGCUCCUUUCUGCCGCUGCUCUGUCAGCCCCCUCCUCUCCGUCUGCACUAAAACCAUCCGACUCACUGCUGCCUCCCUGCUCUUCCCUCUCGUGCUCCCUGCAUCCGAACCAUCCCGAUUAAAAACAAAAGCACCCCCAGGAAAAAGAACACAAAAAUUAGUUACCUGCUACUUUAUUUGGGGUUGUGUCUUAACUAUUUAUCAUGUCUGUAUAUAUUUGUGGGUGAAGAUUGAGAGCCUGGUUUCGUUUGGAGCUGAUGGCGAGUGUUUCACGGUUAUGGUUUGGGAAAUGUGCUUGGUUUGGGUUGCUUUGGGUUUGGGUUUUUUCCUACCCCUUAGUCUUAAAACUAUAAAAACCACUUGAGUCUGCCGUGAUUGUUUCCCAUUGCACUGAAUAUCCUGCUUUGCCUCUGAUGGUUUCACCUGCAGUUUGGUUUGCUCCACUUCAACACUUUGAGGUGAUUGUUUUGAAAAGCUCCAGAUGAUGGGGGGGAUAAAAAAAGAAAGAACAAGCCCUGUCAAAAGCAUCUACUGUUAAUGCUGUUAAUUUGCAAGGAACUGCUUGGCUGAAGUCUUGCUGUGAGCGUGGGAGGGGUGUCCAGCACUUCCACUGGUGCUUCUGUGCGAUAGUGAUGGGGUGGGAACAAGAUCUUUUCUAGUGAGGUGUUUUCUUUUGUUGUUACCAGAUGGUUGCACAUUUAUAUUAUUGUUUGUGUUUUUUUUUUUCUUUGACUAAAUGGAUUUGCCACAAUGAAAUGUCAUAACAUUUAUGACAUGGUAUUAAAAAGAAAAGUGUAUUGUAAAGCCAAGUUCUAGAUGGAUUGUUUUUAAACAGAAGCCUUGGUUAUAAACCCAGUCUAAAGGGAGCUCUGUCCAAGUGUUGUAAAGACAACAUGAUGUAACCCAUAUUUAUAUUUUUAUAAAAUACCUAUGAAGACUGUGAA